AUGACCCAGCCCUUCCACUACUUCCGUAUGAUGAACGGUGUGAAGGUUUCUCAGGUCGCGUACGUUGACUCUCGGAGGUACCAGGUGCAACCUGCGCCCGAGUUGCUACCUGCGCCCGUCAUGUACUCUACGGUGGAAUUAGGCUACGAGAUGCCUUCUGCGGGUAGCAUUGACCCCUUCACUCCCUCUGACACAGGAACGACUCCGACUCAGGACAACUGGGGCCAGCCGCCUCAGCUAACUCCCUGGCCUCAGACGCCUGCUACGCGGUGCCCGUCGGUCUGCAUUCAACCAUUAAUCGACAGACAGACGGGAUGGAUCCCGAUCGGCAGAGGUCGACGCUCGAUCGCCGGCUCUUGUUACCCCUAUUUCCCAGCAUCUCUCCCAGACCAAGAUGUGAUCAGUCACAAUAGUUCGCGCCUGGCUGCUGUCAAGAUGCAUAACGAUGUUCCACUAUCUUCUCGAACGAGGGCGGGCGAUGAGGACUGGCUCGAGUUCAGUUCCGCCGGAAACGGCACUUAUCUUAGUAUGGUGCUCGCCGUCGGGCUGAUUGCCAUGCUUACGGUCAAGAUAAUUUUCACCAGCCUUCUUUUCGUCGGCACCUUGCCCAUCCCGCUUCUGCCAAGCCAUUUGUUGUUACCGCCUUCGCACAGGAGCACCCUGGAACAUGCGACCAGUAUCCUGAACUUCGCCUGUGAAUCAACUCAUGUUUCGUUCUUCGAUAUCAGAACAUUGACCAUGACUCCCAAGGCGAAACUAUCCGGUGAUAAUGGCAUAUACGGCGUGCCCGCUAUACUCGGCAUCGUCCUGAAGGAUCCCAAGUCGGCCGGCACGUAG